AUGCUUGCCCAGCGCCUGACUUCCCGCGCUGCGCAGCGUUUCGCAACGCAGCUGCGCGCCCAGGCUCCGCGCCGCUUCGCCAGCACCGAGACCGAGAGCCAGUUCGUGCGCGAGCGCCGCGCCGUCAAGGAGCACGCUGUUGCCACAACUGGUGAGCAUCGCCGUGCGUUCCGUGCCGUCCCGCCCGCUCUCCUGCUUUCCGGCCUGAACGCCUACAACCUCUGGAACGAGCACUGGGAGCACUGGGAGCACCUGCCGCCUCUCGAGGAGCGCACCGAGUACCCCUACCAGAACAUCCGCACUCGGAACUUCCCCUGGGGCGAUGGUGACAAGACCCUUUUCUGGAACGACAAGGUCAACUACCACAACAAGGACAAGACCACCUAA